CUCAAUGAAGCAUUUUUUCUCCAUCAGGAAGGGUACUUUUUAUUGAAAGGACCAGACCAUCCUGGAAAUAGCUCCAUUAUCUGGGAAUGGAGACCACAUUCAGGACAACAAACUAUAAAACAAUUGGGAACUUUUCACAGAGAAGGUCAGCAUUGGGCUGUAAAAUGGAGUGAUGAUUACAAUGAUACACCAGACAUUUCUCGAAGAAUGUAUGAGCACUAUGGUACCCUCAAUCUGUUAAUCAGAAAUCCUAGCUUUGAACUUGGUGGAUUGUUUAGCUGGACUCAAACAGAGCCCAUUAAGAAGAUCCUGAAACAGAUUGAGCUAUUUGUGAUCAAAGUUGAGAUUGAUUCACAGUGGCCUGUAAUGGGCAGUGACAUCACCCUCAGCUGCACCAUCUCCAGACUCUCAGACACUGUCAAUCUUCAGUGGAAACAGAGAAACUCUUCUCAGGAAAACAGGAGGAUCAACACUGAAGAGAUCCAACUGAAUAACACAGUCUAUCUCAUCAUUAGACAUGCUGGAACCGAAAAUCAGAAUUUAUAUACAUGGGAAGUACAGGAAAAUAACUCCAUUAUUCUCACUGGAAGCACAAACAUUGAUGUGAAUCACAAUUUACGUGAUAAAAAAUACACACUUUAUCGGUCAGUCACAGAUCGCAGUGAAGUCGAGCUGAUUUGUGAAGUCGAUUCUACGAUAAUAAAAACUAAAUGGACCUGGUCUUCACCUUUAAAGGAUGAAGAUCAAGAAAUUGCUUUCACUUACAAAUCAAAGCCUGUCAACAUAAACAGGACCUACUUUGGGAGUCGAUUGGUCCCUCCAGUGAGCAGUUUCACUGACAGGUUUUUCAGUGUGCGGAUUGUGCCUGUCCUGUUUGAAGAUGCAGGAGUUUACAGAUGUUUUCAGGGAUCAAAUAAUCAUUUGACCAUUAACCUGAUCACAGUUAAAGUCACAGCGGAACUCUCUGAUGCAGAGACUGAGGGAGGCUCUGUUACCCUGACCUGUUCUGUCUCUGAUGUCACUGAAUCCAUGAGACUUGCUUGGAUUGAUAGCGGUGGUAAAAUUGUUGCAGCAAAAACAUUCAAGGAACAGAAGCAGGAAGGGGAUAAUUUACAGCUGAUUACUCAGGAAUUUGAUAGAGACAGCAGCUACUGGGCAUGUAUUUUGUUUCAUGAAAACGUACCCAAGGUUUUAAUUCCUUAUGAUCUGAAGCUUUACAUGAGCAUGAGGCCAGUUCCAGUCAUUUGGACCAUCGCAGUUUCUGUUCACUUGAUUACUAAACUGGUCUUUGUGGUUGGCCUUAUCUUCCACAUGAAGAAGAUAAACAGAAAAUCAAGCAGCAGGAUUCUGGAGAAGGCAACAAGAAAUACAGAAGCUGUUGGAUUACAGAUCCUGAACUCUAGCCCUGAUUUGUGAUCGCAGAAUGAAUGAUGAGACACAGAUGUACCUGUGCUCAAUGAGAUCUUCACUCCUAUAAAACAAAAUUAAUCGAACUUUGCAAUCUUUCAUGUUAGUUUUUUUCGGGUUAUAUCUUUGAUGCUACUUUCAUGUCGGUGGAUUCAUUUAUAUUGUGACUUGUGUACAUCUAUUGUUCCAAUCUCCGUAUAAUGUUACUUUCCAAGUGCUAACUUUCAAGGUGGCUGUGUCAUAUUGCAUUGAAUGGUAAUUAUGGUGGAUGUUGGUCUGAAUUCCUGAUCUCUGCUCUUGGCUGGUUGGGUCACAUCCUGCAGUGACCGUUUUAUACCUCGAGGGAUGGAUGGGUGUGAUGUAGGAUUUGUGAUUUAUAUCUGUUUCAAUAUCAUUGAUUGCUGUGUGUUGAUUGGUUCAUUCUGUUCCAUCUUCAUUUCUUUUGUUCAUUAACUUGUUUCCUGGUUAACCAGAAAUCUGCCUGAUUCCGUACUUAUGUUUCAACCUUGUUAAAAUAAAUACGAUUCCAGGCAGGGAACUGAAUUCUCCAGUAAUAACAUCAGCUGGGAUCAUAACGCGGUGAUUUAACACUACUGCCAUGUGUAAAGUUAAAAAGCUGGCAGUAUGGAUUUGUAACUGAGAGGGAUGUCAGCCAGAUUCUCUCUGCAGCUGAGUUGAAUAGAAUUGAUCCGUUUUAACAUCCACUUUGAGAAUUUACAACAGAAUUUUAAUGCCCAAUGAUCAACUCAAAUGAAGACACCAUGUCUCCUGUGCAUCUCCUGGAAACAAUAAUAUAAAGCAACUGUGGAAUCACAGGGGAACAUUGUCUCCAUGCUCCCCCUGUUGGAAUUGUUUGGGAUAUGACCAAUUGUGACUAAAAAAAUCAAUAAAAUAAUCAUUAAAAAAUCACCAUAAUGAAAAGACGGAAAAUAAUUUUGCAAAUUAAAGUUAUAAUGGCAACAGGUUUGGGGCGGAUUUACUGAGAUAUCCUUCACAAUCAUUGACACUCUCAGAAUGGAUUGUUUGCAGAUUGUUCUGCGUGAUGGUGAUGAAAAGGUGAGGACAAGCACCUUAGGGGAAUACCAGAUGACUGCUGGACCCUCCAAAGCUCCAAGGAUGGGACAGAACUUAGGUGUGCCUGUAAAACAGAUCCUUAAGUUAUGAGGACAGAUAGAUAAACUUAUGAAGAAAUCUCAUUGCAUUCUUUGUUGUAUUUGCUGAGUUUAAGGGCUGAAAGUUCUGUUAGAACUGUCUAAACGAUUGGUUAUGCUGCAGCUAGAGUAUUGUAUAUGGUUCUGGAAACCACAUUGUCAAAGGUAUGUAAUGGGACUGAACAGGGUGCAAAGGAAAUUUCCCAGGAUGGAAAGAGAGAUUAGACAGAAUUGGAACCAAAAGGGCCACAGAUGCUGUAAAUCUGAAACAAAAACAGAGAUUGCUGGAAAAUCUCAGCAGGUCUGGCAACAUCUGUAGAGACAAAUUAAAGUUAAUGCUUUGGGUUGAGUGAUCUUCCUCAGAACACAAUGGUGUUGUUUUCCUGAGAGCAGAGGACACUGAGAGGGGACAUGAUAGAGAUGUUUAAAAUUAUGAGAGUCAUAGACAGGAAGAAAUGUUUCUCCUUGAUGGAAGGGCCAAUACCCAGGGUGCAUAGAUUAUAAGCAAGGGGCUGGAGGUUUAAAGGAGAUGUGAGGAAAAAUGUUUUCAUGUAGAGGAAGGUGAGGAUCUGGAACUGCCUGUAAGGCUGGUAGAGGCAAAAAAAAUCCUCAGUGCAUUUAAGAAGCAUUUAUAUGUGCACCUGCAAUGCCAAGACAUACAAGGCUAUGGGCCAAGUGCUGGAAAAUGGGAUUAGAGUAGUCAGGUGGUUGUUUUUAAUUGGUGCAGACUCGAAGGACUGAAGGGCCUUUUGAUCUCUCUGACUCCAUUGUUUCAGAAUGGAAGGUGUGAGUAUUUCCUGUUGUCAUUGGAUCACAGAGCCCUCUGUCCUUGACCUUCCUCUUUGUUCCCACGCUGUUAGAACAUGUCUAACCUGCUUGUAAGGAGCAUUCUCAACAAGGACAAUAAGUAAAUUACUUCGAUCUAGUUUAUAAUUUUUAAUAGAGAAUAUUUUUUAAAACUUUGAUACUUAAAUUUCAUGCUUAUUUGUUUGGUCUGUGUACAGAUAUGUAUGCAAUUAUCACUGGUGUGCUAUAUCGUGUCACGAGUCUUUAAAUCCCCCAUCCUCGGGAAAGGCAGGUACCAUUAAUGAUAUCCAUACCCCUCAUGAUUUUAUAAACUGCUAUAAGGUCCUUUCUCAACCUUCUACGCUUCAAUCAUGUCUGUGCUGAUACAUUGUGUAUGUAUUUAUCAUAUGUGUUUAUAUUCUGAUCCUGUGUACAUGCGUUUGUGCAUUUAUCUGCAGUCUAUCUAUAUUGUAUCAGUGAUUGAUUCCUACUCUGAGAUGGAGACUGUAAUGCAGUCCAAUGGAACAACCAUUAGCAUAAUGCGUGAUCUGAUUUGUGAUUGCUCACCAAUGCAGUGUCUUAUUUUAUAAGAGCAAAGAUUUAGUCAUGAAUGAGAAUUCCAAAGUAGAUACAAAAAGAGUUAUCAGGUGUACAUUUAUUGUUUGAAAUUUAAAAUUUAUGGACUGGGGUGUACAAAGUUAAAAAUCACAAAACACCAGGUUUAAUUGGAAGCACCUAGCUUUCGGAGCACUGCUCAGCAGCGCUCCAAAAGCUAGUGUUUCCAAAUAAACCUGUUGGACUAUAACCUAAGGCUAUAUAUGGACAGUGUGAAAUUGAAUUUUUGAAUUCAAUAUUGGAGGAAAACCUGAAGAAUUUAACAAACUUGUUAACACAGGAAUGUAGGAACAGGAGUAGGCCAUUCAUCCCCUCCAGCUUGUUCUACCUUACAAUGAGAUCAUGGUAAAUCUGUGGCCUAACUCCAUCUACUACCUCUGGCCCAGAUUCCAACGUACCUUUUUGCAUAAUAAAAAUUUAGCUAUCUCAAAUUUGAAAUUAACAAUUGAUCUUCAGUUGUCGUUUAUCAAGAGAACUAGAAGCAUCUCCACAUUUUGCACACAGAAGAGCUUUCUAAACCUUUUCUGAAACAUUCUGGCCCUAAUUUUCAGACAAUGCCUGUUAUUUCUCAUAUCCCCAACAAAAUUGAAAUAGUUUAUAUUUAUCCACCCUGUCUUUUCCUGAUAAUAUCAGUAAAGACUUUGAUGAGUACACACCGUAACUUCCAAAAUUCCAGAGAUUACAGUCCUAAUUUACAUCAUCCUACUCAGAAUAACACCCCUGACGUCCAGGUAACAUUCUUGUGAACAAAUGCUGUGUACCUUCCAACAUCAAUGAACACUUCCUAAUAUCCGAUAUAUGUAAACUUCUAGAGCGUUAACAUUUAUAUCUAAUAACCAGCGAUGGAAUGAGUCAAUAGAACAAAGAAACGAUUACAACAUUGUAAGUGUGUUUAAUCCUGAAUAAAUACAACGUAAAAUAAGAGUACACCUCUCUAUUAGUCGUCAUUUGUGGGGUUGCGUCAUGGUUCAGAGGC